GGAAAAAGAGAAUGACAGGGAGACAGAGACCCUUACACCAGGCAACCAUCCUCCUUUCCAGUCUGUUCCGUCUUGUGGCCCCACUCAAGAGACCCUCAUUUAUUGAGCAGCAUUUUCAGAACAAAUAAACCACCCAUGGCUCACCUUAAUGUAAACAAUGACACACUCCAAACCUCUCACAAAGCAAAUGAAAAGGCAUGCACUGCAUCACACAGUGCCUGCCCUGCAGUCCUUCGAAGAACGAUGCUGGGAGAUGAAGUGAGGAUAUGCAGAUGCAGCAACCAUCAGAUUCCAUAUGUUUCAGACCUGGAAUAUGAUCACAUUAUUAACAACCAGAUGUCUUCCUCAGAGCAGAUCACAGUGGUCUGUGUGACUACUUCAUUGAGCGCGGCAGAUUACGACCCCAGAACAGACAAGCACCUAGAACAGCUCUAUGAGAGAAAGAACAAGAACAGGAGUAUGCCAUGUACACAGGGUCGUCUGGACUCUUUUCGCCUGCUCAAAUACGAUAUUGGGUCUGCAGAUGAGUUUACAGGCCACUGUGGAUCACUACUGGUGAAAAGGCAUAAUAUUGCUCCUGGCAUGUUUUUGAUGUACAUUCGAGGAAAGCUGCUCUUUGCCAACUACAUUUUCAAUGGAUACAGCAAAUCAGUGAAAGAUCUUCAAAAGCAGAUUGCCCUGACAAGGAACAAUUACAACAGGGGCUACUACUUACCCCCUGAUUAUAGACUGAGUUCUCUUGAAAACAGCCUGCAGAGUUACCCUGAACAUACUCAAGCAAGGAUUUCACACAAUAUUUCUAGUUGUAUUUGCUAUGCCACUGACAGGAGAGCAAGUACCCAUGAUUUUGUGCUAUUCAGCUUAUACAAAGGAGCCACCUGCACUCAGGAACAACUCAACGAAUGAAGCCAGAUCCAAACUCAAAUUAUUAUUUUCCCCUGCAAACUCACCAUGAGCUGCAGAGGAUCAUUGUACAGGAGAAGAAGAAAAAGCCCAAGUAUGCACAUGAAGUAGGAGAAGAAGAACCUUGGGAAAAGAUAUGUGAGAUGGAUGUUGUUUUUUGCUUUUUUCUUAAAGUCUGAAAUGAAAAAUGGGACUUUUGGGAGGAAACUGAAUAUAUUUCUGUCUUUUGGGGUGAUGACUGGAAAAAAAUUUUAAAAAAAUAAUUACGUUAAAAUGUUAUAGUAAAUUCAGGAUGCUGUAACUUUUCUAGUCCCCAGACUAGAAAGAAAUCAUAUUUAUGAUAACAGAAUUGUUACAUUUAUUUGACUCCACUACUGAACAAAGCAAUGCACUUUCG